UCCUCAAAUUGGAGAUAGCAUUUUUCUCUCUCAAAUCUCCAAAUCUCCAGAUCAUCGUUGAAGCCUUAUCCAUCUCUUCUAGACUCACACCCACUUCUUAAAUCUUCUCCAACCAGUAUACAACACUUUCCCUCCAGCCAAACAUGUAGCAAUCAGACAAUGCAAGAAACCAUCCACCUUUCCUCCAAACACAGCUCCUUUCCCAAAUCCCAUGUUCUCCAUUCCCACCAUGAUUUUUCUACACUUUCCCGCCCCAGAAUCAUCCACUUCCCCAUCCUUUCCUCAAAAACUUCAAUCACCAUCCCACCCAAACCCUCCAAAUCCCCAGAACUCCCUUCCAUAUCCCCACCUUCCUCUCCCGACCCUCCCGACCCUCACUCCCAAUUCGAAGAAAAAAUGCUCUACCUCGACUCCAUCGGCCUCGAUCUCUUCUCUCUCAUCAACGACCAUCCUCCCAUCGUCUGCGCAUCCCUCGACGACAUCAAAUCCACUGUUGAUUUCUUGUACUCCAUGGGCUUUACCGCGCUAGAGUUCUGCCGCAUCUGCGGCAUGUGCCCGGAGAUUCUCAACUCCCGCGUUUCGGACAUCGUUCCCGUUUUCACCUUUCUCCUCCGCGAAGCCCGAGUGGACGGCUCCGAUUUGCGCCGCGUGGUUAACCGGCGCCCCAGAUUGCUCGCUUGUAAUGUCAAGAACCGCCUCCGCCCCACCCUCUAUUUCCUCCAGAGCAUAGGCAUUUCAGAGGUAAACAAACACACCAAUUUGUUAUCAUGCAGCGUUGAAGAAAAGCUGAUACCCAGAAUUGAUUACUUAGAAAAAAUUGGGUUUUCGAAACGGGACGCAGUUUCCAUGGUCCGGAGGUUUCCCCAACUAUUCAACCACAGUAUUAAAGAUAAUUUGGAGCCCAAAUUCAAUUACUUCGUGGUGGAAAUGGGUAGGGAACUGAGAGAGCUGAAGGAGUUCCCACAGUACUUCUCAUUUAGUUUGGAGAAUAGGAUAAAGCCUAGGCACCAGUGUUGUGUGGAAAAAGGGGUGUGCUUUCCUCUCCCUAUAAUGUUAAAGACCACUGAAGCCAAGUUUCAUGGUCGAUUGGAGGUAUGUUGUAAUUCUUCGGGGCCUUUGAGAACUUCUCCUCUGUGGUGUACAAAUUGUGAUGUUAAUUCAAAAUAGAGUCAUUCCGUUUA